UCACCUGUACACACACACCGACACACACACACCGUAGCCGAUGUUUUUUUAUUGCUCCAUAUUUCACGCGUGGACGUGCUCUCAGACGCGCCCCCAUUCUUUCUCUGCCACUCCGUAACUAUUAUUCACCUUCGUUCAUCAUCCCCUUGGAGCGACGUGCUCUGCUCACGCAGACUUUUCCUAACAGUUUGAAUGAGAUAUUUCACCUCCGUUAUGUUCUCUAAUCCACGUGUUCCACUCGCUCAAUGUAAUUCUAAGCAUGCAUCUGCUUCCGCACGUCUGAAAACCAUAAUAUGAAAUCAUUGUAAAGUGCAGCGCUCUGUUAAUUCACUGCUGGAUAGAGGGAGUGAUUAAUUAAUUUAUUUUUACCAUCCUUCACCACGCUGAUGAGUGAGAUUUGAAUAUACCCCGGGCAGGAAGAGCCCUUUUAGAUAUCACUCACCAAGUGAUGUUUAGCAAUGGCCGAGAUUCUAACCAAGUCAAUGUCGCGGGGUUCGGAUCGCAGUGCGCUAACCACCGUCCCACCGCUCCAAACUGUGUGAAAAUGAUAGCGCUCUUACCCAUACGCACCCACACACACGCGCGCGCGCACAGAUAUACGCAUCGUGUGGAUGAUUUAUUGAUUUGUAAUAUGCGCAGCCUCUGCACCAGUGCAAACACGAACAGUGCGUGUUUGUUCCACACAACACGUUCAGAAGUUGAAAGCGAGAAACGUGGGACGUGCGUCCCUUAACGUAUCGAAUCUGAGCGGAGUAUAUGAGCGCCGGUGUGGUGAAGUGCGCACGUGGAAUUUCUUUCGCGCCGUACGUGGCAAAUCGGAGGCGUGGUGAGUAUAGGUGUAGCGCCCGCAACUGCCAGAUUGACCUGUUGGACUCCAAAUCGUUGGAAGGAGAGGGGCGAUGGACGGCCGAUCCACACGAGGGGUGGGAAGAGAUCAGCGGCUACGACGAAUAUUACACCCCCAUCACCACCUAUCAGGUCUGCCAUGUGAUGGAGCCAAGCCAAAACAACUGGCUGAGGACUAAUUGGAUUUCGUGCGGCGGCGCCCAGCGGAUCUACAUCGAGCUCAAGUUCACGCUCCGCGACUGCAGCAGCAUCCCGGGCGUGGCCGGCACGUGCAAGGAGACCUUCAACCUGCACUACUACGAGUCGGACAGCGACUCGUCGGCUCACGUCGACGAGAACCAGUUCUUUAAGAUCGACACCAUCGCGGCGGACGAGAGCUUCACGCAGGUGGACCUGGGCGGCCGCAUCAUGAAGCUGAACACGGAGGUGCGCGACGUGGGCCCCCUCGCCAAGAAGGGCUUCCACCUGGCCUUCCAGGACGUGGGUGCGUGCAUCGCGCUCGUCUCCGUGCGGGUCUACUACAAGCGCUGCCCACGCACCGUGCGCGGCCUGGCCGUCUUCCCCGACACGGUGACGGGCGCCGACUCGUCCUCGCUCAUCGAGGUGCGCGGCGCUUGCGUCGACAACUCGGCCGAGAAGGAGGCGCCGCGCAUGUUCUGCAGCGCCGACGGCGAGUGGCUCGUGCCCAUCGGGAGGUGCGUCUGCGGCCCCGGGUACGAGGAGGUGGUGGUGGGAGCGUGUAGAGCCUGCGGCAUCGGGUUCUACAAAGAGAUCGCCGGCGAGCAGAUGUGUUCCAAGUGCCCCCCACACAGCCUAUCGCAUCGGGCCGGAUCGUAUGACUGCGAGUGCGACGAGAGCUACUACAGAGCCAAGGCGGACCCCAAGUCCAUGGCAUGCACACGGCCCCCGUCUCUGCCGCGCGCCCUCAUGGCCAGCAUGAACGCCACGUGCCUCGUGCUCGAGUGGAGCGCGCCCAGCGACACGGGAGGCCGCCGCGACCUCAACUACAGCGUGGCGUGUCGAGUGUGCGCGCCCGCCGAGCCGCUGCCGGCCAGCGGCGACGAUGGCAGCAGCGGUGCCGCGGGGAGCCCCCGAUGCUUGCCGUGUGGCGCCGAGGUGCGCUUCGCCCCGCGCCAGUCCGGCGUGACGGAGCGGAGGGUCACGGUGACGGGGCUCGCCGCCCACACCAACUACACGUUCGAGGUGCGGGCUACCAACGGAGUCUCCGAGCUGACCCGGGCUCCGCCACAGUCGGCCUCCAUUCGGCUGACGAUGAAUCCCGCGGCACCGGGACAAAUAUUGGACGUUCGUCAAAACCGAAUAUCUAAAGACGCCAUCGCCCUGUCGUGGUCAGAGCCGAAGCAUCCCAACAGCGUCAUCCUGGAUUACGAAAUAACGUUUAGCGAGAAGGAGCAAACGGAGAUCAGCUACACCACAGUGAAAUCCAAGUGGAACACCAUCACCAUUAACGGCCUGAAGCCCUCGACGAUCUAUACCUUCCAAGUGCGCACACGGACGACGGCAGGAUACGGGCAGUACAGCAAGCCCUUCCACUUCCAGACCUCCAAUGAGCCACUGGAUAUCUCUAGUGAUCCAAGCCAGAGUACCAUUGUGUGGCUGUCGGUAGCGACCGGGAUUAUCGUUGUUCUCAUCAUUGUUUGCUUCUUAUUGAAGGGAAGGUACUGUGGUUACAGCAAAGCGAAGCAAAACUGCGAUGAGGAUAAGCAACAUUUCCAAGGUAGCCAUGUGAAAUUGCCCGGUCUGAAGAUGUACAUAGACCCUUUUACGUAUGAAGACCCAUGUGAAGCUGUCCACGAGUUCGCGAGAGAAAUCGACGUCUCGUACAUCAAAAUCGAAGGCGUCGUUGGAGCCGGCGAGUUUGGCGAGGUGUGUCGAGGUCGGCUGAGGCUGCCUGGGAAGGGAGAGGCCUCCGUGGCCAUCAAGACGCUGAAGGCCGGCUACACGGAGGAGCAGCGCAGAGACUUCCUGUGCGAGGCGAGCAUCAUGGGCCAGUUCGAUCACCCCAACAUCAUCAGGCUGGAGGGGGUCAUCACCAAGAGUAUACCAGUCAUGAUUGUUACGGAAUAUAUGGAGAAUGGCUCUCUGGACUCCUUCCUAAGGAAGAACGACGGGCAGUUCACGUCGAUCCAGCUGGUGGGGAUGCUGCGCGGCAUCGCGGCCGGCAUGAAGUACCUGUCCGACAUGAACUACGUGCACCGCGACCUGGCCGCUCGCAACAUCCUGGUCAACAGCAACCUGGUGUGCAAGGUGUCCGACUUCGGGCUGUCGCGGGUGCUGGAGGACGACCCCGAGGCCGCGUACACCGCCAAGGUGCAGGGAGGGAGGAUCCCAGUGCGCUGGACUGCCCCAGAGGCGAUCGCCUACCGCAAGUUCACGUCGGCGAGCGACGUGUGGAGCUACGGCAUCGUCAUGUGGGAGGUGAUGUCCUACGGCGAGCGGCCCUACUGGGACAUGAGCAACCAGGACGUGAUCAAGGCGAUCGAGGAGGGCUACCGGCUGCCGGCGCCCAUGGACUGCCCCCUGCCGCUCCACCAGCUCAUGCUCGACUGCUGGCAGAAGGAGCGCUCCGACCGGCCCAAGUUCGGCCAGAUCGUCAACGCGCUCGACAGGCUCAUCCGCAGCCCCGGACUGCUCAACACGCUCGCCAACGGCACCUUAAGGCCACAGAACCCGUUUCUGGAGCACAGUGUCCCGCUGUUCAUCGCCUUCCGUUCAGUGGGGGACUGGUUGGAUGUCAUCAAGAUGGGACGUUACAAGGACAACUUUGCCGUGGCAGGCUUCAACCACCUGGAGUCAGUUGCACAGAUGAGUCUUGACGACGUUAUACGGAUAGGCAUCACGCUGGUGGGCCAUCAAAAGAAGAUUCUAAACAGCAUCCAGAUCAUGAGAGCACAGAUGGUGCAGAUGCAGGACUCUGGAGUUCAGGUGUAAAGCGGCACUUUACCGGGACCGGCCCCCGAGCUACGCCCUGCUCUCACUGCCCCCAGAGGGCCCCAAGGCCGCCUCUUUAUUAUUUAAGGGAGAAUUCUCCAUUGCAAAUGGAAUAAAUGGAACCGAACGGGGGUGGUGCU